GUCCAAGUCAUUCCUCUGUCUGCAAGUCUCGAGGUCGCUAUCGCCAACGGUGACCAGGCCAAUCCUCUCCCUCAAGAAUGAAGCUCAACAUUGCUUACCCCGCAACUGGGGAACAAAAGACCAUUGACUUGGAUGAUGAGAAGAGAUACCGUGUCUUCUUCGACAAGAAAAUCGCGCAGGAAGUUCCUGCCGACUCUAUUGGUGAUGAGUGGGCUGGCUACGUCUUCCGUAUCACCGGCGGCAACGACAAACAGGGUUUCCCGAUGAAGCAGGGUGUCCUUGUCCCCUACCGUGUCCGCCUCCUCCUUUCCGACGGCCACUCAUGCUACCGCACCCGUCGCGCCGGUGAGCGCCGCCGCAAGUCGGUCCGUGGCUGCAUCGUCGGCCCCGACAUCGCCGUCCUCUCCCUCGUUAUCGUCAAGCAGGGCGAUAACGAGAUCCCGGGGCUCACCGACAACGUUCUCCCCAAGCGUCUCGGGCCGAAGCGUGCGACCAAGAUUCGCAAAUUCUUCAACUUGAACAAGGAGGAUGAUGUGAGGAAGUACGUUGUCAGGCGUGAGGUUACGAGCUCGAAGAAGGAGGGUGCGAAGCCCUACUUCAAGGCACCUAAAAUUCAGCGAUUGGUCACUCCCGUUCGUCUCCAGCGCCGCCGUCACCUCCACGCACUCAAGACUCGCCGGAUCGAGCACCAGCGGGAGCAGAAGUCGGAAUACGAUGCUCUCAUUGCGAAGCGCAUCGCCGAGAAGAAGGAGAAGGUUGCUGCCAUCAAGGCGUUGCACAAGAAGACGGCGUAAUCUUGCUCGUCUAUCGUGUGCUUCCUCUCCUCCCAUAUCAUGCGGAUGCGGUUUCAUAUGGUGCUACGCCCAUGCCCUCUCUAUUCCAUCUAGUCAUCUUUCCUCUGUUGCAAUUCUGUUUAUGCAUGUGAUGUAUGGCCAACCAUUUGAGACAUCUCCCGUCAAAUCAGAGCCUCCAAUGCUAGCUGCGAAUCAGACUACUGCUGUAAUCUGUUCUUGCAGGUGCGUCUUCCACCACCAAUGUAUUGUUGCUUGCAAUCAUACGGAAUGGCCGCACGACGACGAUGAUCGCCUUAAUCAAUGAUCGCCCGACAUGAAUCAGGCGUCUAACCGGCCCGUAUAGAAUAGUUCGAUAGUUAUAUUUGCUGUGCCGCAAUGUGCCCUCCAUUGUCGCCGAUUCAUUAACACAGAACUUCACCUGAGACCCCC